AUGGUGAAGGAAGCAGAGAGAAGGGGAGAGCAGAGGCUGGACGAUUGUGCAUUUCUAAGCUCACCUGUUCUGCCCUCGUCGUGGUGGUGGUGCGACUCUCCGUGUGGCUAUUCUCGCGAGGAUCCUCAGCUCGACGACUGCGCGCAUUCUCUUUUGGCAAUCUUUUCUUUCGCGCCGAUUACACGGCCAGGUUUGCGCGGCCCGGGCGCGUGGGAGGUGGUGCUGAGCAUUGCGUGUGCAAUGGCAGGCGGUGGCGGCGGUGCUACUCCCUGCUCCCCCGACCGACUCCGCCGUUGCCACCAAGGGAGUGGAAAGAGAGAGGUGCGGAAUGCAGGGGAGUGGAGUGGACAAGGCAUGGCAUGGAGCAGGACGUAA